AAAUUUCGAUUUCAAGUAUUUGCGCAAAAUUCCGAAGCUUUCAUUCGAAAUGACUUCUAGCGAUCUGCUCAUCGUAACACCCACCAAAUUGACCUUCCAGGCGCCAUUUCCGCAUGCGCAGAAACGCCUAAUCAGUCUCCUUAACCCUACAGGUCAGCCGCUGCUCUAUCACAUGCAGCCCAGCAAUGAAGAGUUUUAUGCUGUCGAACCGACGUCCGGUACUCUGGCGCCUUUUGACACCACCGAACUAACCAUCACGCUGAAGUCCAUUUCCGGUGAGCUCCCUGAUUGUUGCUUCGAUGUCAAAUACGUGGCAGAACGUGAUGGCGACAUCGUAGCUCCGGACUGGUACAAAAAUGCACAACACCCUACCGCCAACGUCAGCGUCUGCUUAGACAACUCUGAGGCCGACUAUGCGAAUGCUUCCGUGCGACUUCGAAUGCAACUCAAUAAUGGAUAUGAUCCCAACGAAUUACUGAAGACCAUCGAGAAGCAGUACAAGCCCGUGUGCGGCAAAUGUGCCAUGAAACGGGAGCAAAUGAAAACCUCUUUUUGGCAAAGCCGAGCCUUUUGGAUUGCACUAAUAUUUUUUGCUGCUGCUUUCUAUGUAUUCAAAAAUCACAUUUGCGCAGCUUUCAGUCUUUUCUCGGAGCCGGGCUAUUGAGCAAUUCUUGAUAGCUCGUCAAAUACUAUGUAC